GCGCGCUGCCCGCCCGGAUUGGAGCAGCGGCAUCACGCUGACCCCCGCCUGGGCUGUAAACCGAGCCGGCCGCUGCGGGCAGAGGCAGGCUGUCGGCGCCUCCGGGAAAGGCAGCCCCACGGCCGAGCUCCGGGCGGCUCACAGGCAGCCGGGCAGCGCCCAGCGGCGGCCGCGGGGAGCGGGGGAGCCCGACGCGGGCGCGGGCGCGGGCGCGGGCGGGGAGCGUGCGUCGGUCGGCAGCAGCGGGAGGAGGGGCGGCGCCAGCCAUGGCCGGGGACAGCGAGCAGACCCUGCAGAACCACCAGCAGCCCAACGGCGGCGAGCCCUUCCUGAUCGGCGUCAGCGGGGGCACGGCCAGCGGCAAGUCUUCCGUCUGCGCUAAGAUCGUGCAGCUCCUGGGACAGAAUGAGGUGGACUGUCGCCAGAAGCAGGUGGUCAUCCUGAGCCAGGAUAGCUUCUACCGCGUCCUCACGUCGGAGCAGAAGGCCAAAGCCCUGAAGGGCCAGUUCAAUUUCGAUCACCCGGAUGCCUUUGACAAUGAACUCAUCUUCAAAACACUCAAAGAAAUCACCGAAGGGAAGACGGUGCAGAUUCCCGUGUAUGACUUUGUCUCCCAUUCCCGGAAGGAGGAGACGGUCACCGUCUACCCCGCGGAUGUGGUGCUCUUUGAAGGGAUCCUGGCCUUCUACUCCCAGGAGGUGCGAGACCUGUUCCAGAUGAAGCUUUUCGUGGACACAGAUGCGGACACCCGGCUCUCCCGCAGAGUAUUAAGGGACAUCAGCGAAAGAGGGAGGGACCUUGAGCAGAUUUUAUCUCAGUACAUUACGUUCGUCAAGCCUGCCUUUGAGGAAUUCUGCUUGCCAACAAAGAAAUACGCUGAUGUGAUCAUUCCUAGAGGUGCAGAUAAUCUAGUGGCCAUCAACCUCAUUGUGCAACACAUUCAGGACAUCCUGAACGGAGGGCUCUCCAAACGGCAGACCAAUGGCUAUCUGAACGGCUACAUCCCUUCACGGAAGAGGCAGCCGUCGGAGUCCAGCAGCCGGCCCCACUGACCCCUGUCUCCUUUUAGCCCGGCCCCUCUCUUCAAGAGACAGGAGGAGGGAUCAGAAGGCACUGUUCAUUUGUACAUGUGCUUUCCUAGGACAUUGCUGUAUUUAAGAACACACCAUGGAGAUGACAUGCCUUUGUUUUUCCUUUUUUGUUUGUUUUUUUUUUGUGCUUUGGAGCGGCGAAACGAAACCGAAUUUGACCCUGAGCUUAAAUGACAAACUGUGCCAACUACUACUGGUGAUGCCUAAUUAUGAAUCCAACGUGUAACCAGUUAUAAAUACAUAUAUAUAUAUAUAAAAGGAUCUAUUUUUGUGUAAAUGUACAAAUACUGUAAAGCUGUUUGCUGUAAGUAUUGUGCAGGAGGGCCUGUACUUGAGUGUCCGGGGCUUGAGCUGGAGUCUCACCGAGGGGCCGUGGCCGCUGUGUUCCGCCAGGGGCAGGCUCAGGCAUGGGUGCGGGAGGUGGAUGGUAGAGAAUGGGGGGCCCCGGCUCAUGGCUCUUGUGCCUGUGCAGCUCGAGGACAGUGGAGCUGGGAGCCUUGGCUUGCCCCUCCCCUGCCAGGGGCCGCCGCCUUUGAGCCGGAGCUUAAUCAUGUGUUCACAAGAGAUACUCCUUUCCUUUCUUCUUCUUUUUCUUUCUUUCUUUUUUUUGAAUUGAAAUUAGGCAAGACCUCAGCU